UUUUGUGCCGGCUGCUUGGGUGGCGGUAGGAUAUCGAUCGGUGUUCUCCGCCGCGCUGAAGCGAAAGAAGUUGAGCUGGGCAAAGAAAAAAAAGUGCUUCUUCCGCGGCGUAGCCUUAAAAACAGGCGCUGUUGCGGGGCGGCAGGAGACAGCGAACGAGCGCGGCUGCUGGAUCUUCACCCCAGAGUUCGAACGCAGUAGCUGUUCCACGGCAGGCGGCGGCGCUGGCGAGGACAGGAGUAAGCAGAAGGCGCUGCCGCCGCCGCCGCGGCGCGGGGAGGAUGAAGCAAGCAGGAGCCGCCACUAGCCACGGAGCAGCCGUCGCCACCGCGGCGGCGGCUGCUGUCCCCACCCCAUCGCCUGCUUCGUCUCCCGCCGCCGGGGCUGGAUUGGAGCCGCCGGGUUGUGAGGAGGCGACGGAGAAAGUUGUCCAUUCCCGCUCGCAGGUGCUGUUUUCGGGCGGCGGCACCAAGGCUCUGGGCGACGCCUUCAAGCUCCUGGUGCCCAAGUCGACGGAGUUCAUGAGCUCGGACGCGGAGCUGUGGAACUUCCUGUGCAGCCUCAAGCACGAGUUCUCGCCGGUCAUCCUCCGCAGCAAGGACGUCUACGGGUACGCCUCCUGCCGGGCCGUAGUGCCGGACUUGCCGCGAGGCUUGGUGACGGGCAGAAGGGACCGGCCUUGGCGGAGAGCUGCCGCCAGGGGGAGGCGCUUGCGAGUCGCUGUGGCCGCCGCCGCUGGCGGCGACACCAAGAGCAGAGGAGGAGCAGCGGCAGGAGGAGGCGGAGGAGGAGGAGGCGGCGCAAAAAGGGCGGCCAAGAAGCGCAGCCCACAAGUGGUGGCUUUAGCCCCGGAGCCGCCGCUGCCUCCGUCGCCACCCUCUGAGGCUGCUCCCUCCAGUUGUGAGGGGCGGCAGGAGCAGCCGCAGCAGGGGCCCCAGGUGGUGGGGGAGAAGCAAGCCUCGCUCUCCUCGGGGUCUUUGCCCGUCACCCCGUGGACUGUCUUCGAGGGUAGGUCCCUGGAGGAGAUCUGGAAGGCGGCCACCCCCAGCCUCACCACUUUCCCCACCAUCAAAGUGCGCGGGAACGUGUGGAAGCGACAGAGCCUGGAAGCCAUCCGGCGCAAGGCGCAGCGCAUCCUGCGGGUUAACCUGUCGCCGGUGGUGAAGAUCCGCCGCUUCCCUGUGAUCAGAUGCUGAGGCAUAAAGUCCCGCGAAGGACGAAUAUCUUCCCACUACCGCCCCGAAUUGAAGGAAAAGAGGAAAGACCCAGGACUCGGAAUGUUUCCCUCCUUCCCGCCCCCCCACCCCCCAUGUAGCGAACAAAGAGAGGGUCAAAUGUCAGUCACUUGUUUACAGUUGCUUUGGUCUGGAUUGUCUCCUUUUAUUCAAUUUAACUGCACUUUAGGGCUAAGACUGCGGGAAGUCGCCGCUCUUCUGUCCCUGCGCUCCACACAGCUUGUUUGGAAGCCCGCCCCCAGCUGGCUGCUUGCCCGCUUGACACACAAGCUGUGAGCCACAGUAACUUCUACCUUCGCAACCUUGGGCUGAGGAAGCUACUUGUCAUGGAGAGGAGAUGCAAUCUUGUUUCCCUUCCCUUCAGUAACUUUUUUUUGUGGAUUUUUUUGUUUUUGUUUUCUCCCAUUGGACUACCUCACGAGUCUGGGAAAGACAUCAGCUGCUUUCCCUGUUUCCAAGGGAACUUUCUGUCUUGCUUAACAAUAAAUAUGAACUGAUUUUAUUUUUCUUCUAGAUGUAGCCAAUGGACUAUUGUAUAUGACUUUUGUGCUAUUGCACUAUGUACUCAGGGUUACUUGAAUAUACCAAGUGUUUCAAGUUUCUGAUGACUGAAGCUUUGACCAAGGAUGCUUAAGGGAUGAAGACUUGUAGCUCAUGGUUGACUUAAUGGUGCAAAAUAUUUCACUUUGUUUUGUAGAACUUGACAUUCUACAAAAACUUUCAGUAUAAUGGUCAAAUGUUUUGUAUGUAAUAAAGUUUUAUAGCUUAUCUGAAUUCGUAUUUCUAUUACCGCUUCUAAAGAUGAGAGAAUUGUAUUGGAUACAUCCAUUUUUUAUAACCUUUAAUCUAGAGAAGCGCUUAUCAAUUUAAAUGAAAUUUAAUAAAAGUUUCAAAGCAAGAA